AUGCCACCUGUCACCAGAGCGCAAGCAAAAUACGAAUUUCCAAAAUUCUUUCCAGAAGCUUCCCGCGACGCGUCAACUUUCGCGCUGAGGCAGCCGCCUAGAACCGGGAAACACACCAAGUUGGUCGAUUGGAUCGUAUUGAACCCAGGCACAGGCGCGACACAUCACGAUGCAGCCGACCCCAUUACUAGACUCUUCCAAAAUAUUUUCAACCAAUCUGAUUACCUUCCACCACACACCGAAUGGCUCAUGCUGUCGUGGAGCUCUGCGGAUAUGCGCAACAUAUUUAUCAACUCAGAUGAGUACCAGUGCCUUACCGAGACCCUUACCGCUUGGGCUUCCGAGCGAUCCGUCCAAGUAUCUAUGAUCGAUCUCUCCCAGACACUUGGGGCUGCAUUCCAUGACGGCGCUUUCCGGAACCAGUAUGUUGGUGCAACAGAGUACUACGAGCUCAUGGCCGUGUAUUUUCCUGAGGAUCUGGUGGGCUCACAGAUUCAGGAGCUGAACCGCACCAAUCUAUACAACCUUGGAAUUCUCAUUGGCUCUGAUGUGUACCCCUUGGCAGGGCUUACGGACUGGCAGCAUGGAUGGCUUGAUCGACCGGUGCUCUUCCAAGGGCAACGUGCCCGGUGUCUCGUCUACUUGCUGCGGUGGGAAAAUGCCGACCGCGAGCACGAGUACAAAAAUUUCCACGUUGAGGUGAACAGGAACAUUGUAGAUUACUGGGGCGAAUUUGUUACCACAUUGAAGAAAAAUGGGAUGUUGGGCUACGAAUCGCAACAUGCAUCAUUACUUAGACAGUCGGUCGGAUCGAUGCUAGGUGACUAG